GUCAUUCGUUCAGUCCGGUCUGUCUAGCUCGUGCAGAAGUCGCUUCGUCUCUUCGCUGCGGCGGAGGAAACAAUGUGGACCAGCCCGGGCCAGUCCGGAAACGGGACUAGAGCCGGGCUAGCUGGACCGGCACGGCGAGGCUCUAAGACGGUAUGACGUCACCAGCAUCAGGGACAGAGCGAGAGACGAGCCGCUGAGAGAGGCUGCUAGCCGGGCAGCUAACAGCGCGAUGACCGCGGAGGGAAGCGGAACGAUCCGCAGCCGCAUCAAGAACCUGCUGCGCUCCCCGUCCAUCAAACUGCGACGCAAGAGCGGCACCGCGCGGCACGAGCUGGGCGACAAGGUGACCUUGGAGAAGGUUCUGGGAAUCUCGGCUCCGGGGAACCGAGCACUGGCGUGCGACCCUCGGAGCGGCCUACUGGCUUAUCCUGCAGGGUGUGUCGUUGUGCUGCUGAAUCCUCGGAAGAACAAGCAGCAUCACAUCUUCAACAACUCCAGGAAGACGAUCACAACGUUAGCGUUUUCUCCCGACGGGAAGUAUGUCGUCACAGGAGAGGUGAGUGUGUGCAUAUGUCUAACACCUGGAGAACACACAGCUCUCCAGGGGGUCUGUAGCCUACGUGGAUAUGUCUAUUGUAUGGAACAUUAUCUUCUUAAUAAUAACCCUCCUCCUCCUCAGAGCGGUCACAUGCCGGCGGUCAGGGUGUGGGACGUGUCUGAGCAUGUGCAGAUUGCUGAGCUGCAGGAACAUAAAUAUGGAGUCGCCUGCGUUUCAUUUUCUCCAAAUGGGAAAUUUAUUGUCAGCGUCGGAUUUCAACACGACAUGAUGGUGAACGUGUGGAACUGGAAGAAAAACGUCCUGGUUGCAGCCAAUAAGGUGUCGAGUAAGGUGACCGCCGUCUCCUUCUCUGAUGACAGCUCCUACUUUGUGACCGCCGGCAACCGACACGUCAAGUUUUGGUACCUGGACCACUCCAAGACCUCAAAGGUGAAUGCAACAGUCCCUCUCAUGGGGCGUUCAGGGUUGCUGGGAGAGCUCAGGAAUAACUUUUUCAGUGACGUGGCGUGUGGGCGGGGUAGACAGGCCUCUUCCACCUUCUGCAUCACCUCCUCCGGUCUGCUCUGUGAGUUCAAUGACCGCCGCCUCCUUGACAAGUGGGUGGAGCUUCGGAAAGUUGACUCCGUCCCCGUGUCUCAGGCCACCUGUCUGUCUGUCACAGACGAGAUGAUUUUCUGUGGUUGUUCUGACGGAAUCGUUCGAGCAUUUAGCCCUGUUAAUCUACACUUCCUGUGCACUUUGCCCCGCCCACACAGUCUGGGAGUCGACAUCACCAGUAUGCUGGACGCCAGUCAGCUGUUCUCCUGCAGGUCGGAGGCUCGUUACCCGGACACCAUGGCGUUGACUUUUGACCCCAGCAGUCAUUGGUUGUCGUGUGUGUAUAACGAUCACAGCGUUUACGUUUGGGACGUCAGAGACCUCCGUGACCCUCGCAAGGCAGGAAAACUUUACUCCGCCCUCUAUCACUCGUCCUGCGUGUGGAGUCUGGAGGUGUACCCAGAGGGAGAAAGGGGAGGAGUUGAGGGAGGUCUCCCCCCCGGGUCAUUCCUGUCCUGCUCCUCAGACAACACCAUCAGACUGUGGAACCUGGACGGCAACAACGUCCUGAACAGGAACAUCCUGAGCCACGACCUACAGAAGGUAAUUUACGUGGAAGACAACAUCAGCUGCCUGCUGGACACAGAAAGCUCCUGCUCAAUCACCGGGGGCAACGCAGAAAAGACGGGUCCUUCAGAGGGGCAGCAGGCUGACCUGAGUAGGAUGGGUAUCAGGACCCUGGGGGUCAGUCCUGAUGGACUACACCUGGCCUCUGGAGACCGCAUGGGAGUCCUCAGGAUCCAUGACUUGGAUAGCAUGGAGGAGAUUCUAAACGUUCAGGCCCACGACUCAGAGAUCCUCUGCCUCGAGUUCUCCAGACCUGACACAGGUCUCCAGUUAUUAGCCACAGCCGGUCGGGAUCGUCUGAUACAUGUGUUGGAUGUGGGUAGGGACUACAGUCUGGUUCAGACUCUGGAUGAACACUCGUCCUCCAUCACGGCUGUCCGAUUCGCUGCCAAUCAGGGGAAAGUGAGGAUGAUCAGCUGUGGAGCUGAUAAGAGUGUCUACUUCCGCACGGCUCAGCAGGUGGAGGAGGGGUUAGAGUUCACUCGUACUCAUCACGUGGUGAGGAAGACCACUCUGUAUGACAUGGACGUGGAACCGACCAGGAAGUACGCAGCCGUUGGCUGUCAGGACCGCAGCAUCAGGAUCUUUAACAUCAGUAAUGGCAAACAGAGGAAGGUGUUUAAGGGCUCUCAGGGCGAGGACGGGACUCUUAUCAAGGUGCAAAUUGACCCGUCAGGACUCUACAUCGCCACCUCCUGUUCAGAUAAAAAUAUUAGCAUAUUCGACUUCUACUCUGGAGAGUGUGUGGCCACCAUGUUUGGACACUCAGAGAUUGUAACAGGUCUGAAGUUCAGCAGUGACUGCAGACACCUGAUUACUGUGUCAGGUGACAGUUGUAUCUUUGUGUGGCGUCUCCCUCCUGAGUUGACCAUCAGGAUGAGGCAGCGACUCUCUGACCUUCGACCUCCCAGCAGCAUUCAUAGCUCCCAGAAUGCACCUCAGCAGAGAUUGGUUAAGCUCAGAGGGGAGGUGCUGUCUCCUCAAGUCGUCACAAUGUUGUCUGACAGCGAUAAGGAGGAAGAGGAGGAGCUUAUCUGUCCUUAUUUGGUCACAGCAGGAAGCAUGGAAGAGCAGACAGGACGGUGUGAGGAGAAGUUUGAGUCUGUGGACGACAGCAGGACGGAGGUGUCAGGGGGGCGACUGCCUCGCCGUCGGUGGUCCAGGAGGACAGGCGGUGCAGAUGGAGCUCUGAUGGUGAAGUCCAUGUUGGACCUGCGUCUGCUGGACUCGUUCAGUCCGGACAAACAGGAGGAGCAGCAGGAGGGGAAGGCCCGCCCCUUCAAUGUAAGCACCCCCCCCUGCAGCGAAAGGAGGAGGGACCAAGGUGUAGAAAGAGGGAUUCAUCGGAUCAAUCCAAAACUGGGGAGCACCGUCAGUCUGCAGGUCUCCUCUGCCUGGGUGGAGGACAAUGAGGCAGGGACCAAUCAGAGACCUGACUUCAUCCAACUGUCCAAUCAGAGCCCAGACAGGGAGGAUCCAGUCCUGUACCCUGACCACUGGGAGGACAGAGUGAGCCUUGCAGGAAGUGAGUUUCAGGUGAAGGAGCCGUGUCCUAGUGCUGCAGGUGGACGACCUGAUAAGCCCAGUCCUGACAGCGGCUGCUCACUCGGAUUCAACUCAAGACUGUCGAGUCCAGCACGACCUGCAGAAGAAGGUGAGACAGACGCCGAGCACACUGAGCGUCUCAGUGUGGAUGGAAACUCCUCUGAGCUAGAGGAUGACGAUGAAGAGGAGGAAGGAGGAAGAGGACGAGGAGUCAAGUCCUCUCAGGCCGUCCCUCAGACCCCGGACCAGGAAGCGUUCUUAAAGGAGCACUUUGUCACUCUGGCUGACCUCUCUGGCUCAGGAAGUCCGAGUCGAACUUGUCACAGCUCGAGUGAGAGUCUCAGCAUGUCGUCCAGGUUCCUCUCUCAGACCUCAGCUGGAAGGUCCGCACUUCCUCUUUCCUGUGGGACGACCGGGGCAGGAGGGGGAGUGGAAGGAGGUGGGGUGGUUAAAGCCCGUCCUCUGGUCUCUGAGGUCCGACCUCUGAUGGAGAAAAACCAGACCAGAACCCAGGACAGAAGGGUGUCAUGGCAACAGGACCAAACCCAGAAUCAGAGCCAUGACCAGACUGAUCCUCACACCCUGAACAAGAAGAUCCAAACAACCAUGGAAUCCAGGAGGAACCCGGGCACAGCUCAGACCACCUCCCCCCACAUAAACCCCACCUCAUCCUACACAAACCCUGCCUCCUCUGGGCUCCGGAAGGCUCACUCAGUCCAGAGUCUGCUAGCUGACACAGGUGACUCUUCGACCUCUUGUUCUUCCAGAGAUGUCCCCCCUCAGCAGCUCCUCCCCCUCCAGCGUCCUACCACCCUCCCCUCCUCCCCUAGACGUCCCCCAUCCAUAGCCAUGCCCCUGCAGAGACCAUGCCCCGCCUCCCCAAGGUCCCCACUGCCUGAGACAGCCGUCAUCUCCUUGUCUGCUGGCUCCACUCCUAGGAAGUCCCCCCCUCCCUCUUCCACCUCCUCCCCCGCCCAGUCAGCAUCUCGCUCCUACAUGAGCCCGACGGCCAGCUCCAUGGCAAAGAUGUCUCGCUCCAUCUCGAUGGGCGACGGCCUCAACAUCUCUGACCCCUCAGAGGGUCAAGCAGUGACAUCAUCAACAACUACGCCCUGUCAGGUCAAAGAGGCUCCGCCCCCUCUUGUUGCAGUGGUGCCUUCAAAUGCAUCUCUAGCCACGCCUCCACAUGCUACUGUCGUACCUGUAGUCCUAGCCUCCCCCUCCUCUUCCUCUCUGGGUAACCAUGGUAACCAGGCGAAUGUUCCCCCACGGGGCCUGCAGGCACGUGUCCCUGGCAGCAACAGGCCGCUUCCGGAUAAGCCCUCCCUCGCCUCCUUGUCUUCCUCGCCGCGGCCUCCACCAUUUUCUGUCUCCCCUCUGACUCUGCCCAGACAGGAGGAGGAGCCUCAGACUCCUUCAGGCAGCGAGGAGAGAGAGCACACAGACGAGCGAAUCAGCAUCGAGUCCUGCAGAGUUCUGACCAAUGAGCUGCAGUGUUGCUUCAGGAAAGCGACACACCUGUACAGAAAGGUAAGCGGCUCCUCCUCUGAUGACUCCGCCCCUGACCAGCAUCAGAUUGCUUUUGUCCUAUCAGAGGCCUUCCAGGCGAUGAGGGCGGAGCUUGACUGCCUGCCGCUCAAGACACCAAGCAUGCUGGGAGGAGAGGCGGGGCUGGGAGGAGUUGGGGGGGUGAGGACGGCAGCUCUGCUGGAGGAGUACUCACUGCUCCUCCUGCAGGCUGUGAACAGGAGGGUCAACAGCCACACUGAGUAGACUCGUCCUCGUCCUCCUCCUCAGAUGAAGGAUCUGAAGCCAUUUUGUUUUUCUCUUCACUUCUGUCGUCUUAUUGGAGAAUCUUUGUCUUCUUAAAGGAACAGCACAUUGAAAGAUUCAGUUUUUUUAGAGACUAAACUUUAUAUCGACUUGUUUUUUAAAGACGUUUUUUCUGCACGUUUUUUUCCUAUUUUCAUUCCAGAACAAGUCGACAGAUUAUUAUUAUUAGACUGUAGAGACUGAGAAAACAGCAAUAUGAGAUGUUCGGCACAAACUUUGUUUCUUUAGUUGUGAAUGUUCUCUCCUGAGUUCACUUGAAUGUAACACAGACGAUGCGUUCAGGUGACAGUUUGUAUUUAUUGUGUUGAGCUGUUACAGACUGUGAAUGAUUAUGUUCAUUUUUUACAUGUUAGAGGAACACUGUAGAGGGUCUUUGGUUUAAUAGUUGUAACGGAAAGGUCAAAGUUCAGCUCCAAAUGUUUUUAUGUUUUCAGGUCAAGUUGAAUAAAUUUUCAGACUUGUUUUAA